AUGGCAUCGCAAAUUCUCGGAAGCCUAUCAGAAAAAGCAAAGAGCAUGGCCGGCGGCGAGAACAAGAAGGUUGCUCAAUUGGCGGCUGACACCAAGGAUGUUCACAAUGGCGACCACAGGAUAACAAGCGACUACGGUGUCAAGCAGAACGACACCGACCACUGGCUGUCUGCAUCCACAGAGGACAAACAGGGCCCUCAGCUUCUGGAGGAUCCCUUUGGUCGUGAAAAGAUCCACCGCUUCGACCAUGAGCGUAUUCCGGAGCGAGUUGUUCACGCACGAGGCGCUGGCGCAUUCGGCAAGUUCAAGCUCUUCGAAUCUGCCUCAGAUGUCUCCAAGGCUGGCAUUCUGACCGAUACAUCCCGCGAGACACCGAUAUUUGUUCGAUUCUCCACCGUACUCGGUAGCCGUGGAUCAGCAGACACCGUCCGCGAUGUUCGUGGAUUUGCAAUCAAGUUCUAUACCGAGGAGGGCAACUGGGACAUCGUCGGUAACAACAUCCCCGUCUUCUUCAUUCAGGAUGCUAUGAAGUUUCCCGAUGUCAUUCACGCUGGCAAGCCUGAGCCUGAUAGCGAGAUGCCUCAGGCUCAGACUGCUCACAACAACUUCUGGGACUUCCAGUAUCUCCACCCCGAGUCCACCCACAUGCAGUUCUGGGCCAUGUCUGACCGCACAAUUCCCCGAUCAUACCGCAUGAUGCAGGGUUUCGGCGUCAACACCUUCACACUUGUCAACGACAAGGGCGAGAGGCACUUCGUCAAGUUCCACUGGACUCCUGAUCUCGGUGUGCACAGCUUGGUCUGGGACGAAGCUCUCAAGCUUGCUGGUCAGGACCCUGACUUUCAUCGUAAGGACCUCUGGCAGGCCAUCGAGGCUGGCUCGUAUCCUAAGUGGAAGUUCGGUAUCCAGACUCUCAAAGAGGGCGAGGAGGAUCAGUUCGACUUCGACAUCCUCGAUGCUACCAAGGUCUGGCCUGAGGAGCUAGUUCCCAUCAGGUACAUUGGCGAGUUCGAGCUCAACAAGAACCCCGAUGAGUACUUCACACAGACUGAGCAGAUUGCUUUCUGUACAUCGCACGUUGUCCCUGGUGUUGGUUUCAGCGACGACCCACUUCUGCAGGGCCGUAAUUUCUCCUACCACGACACCCAGCUCUCGCGUCUGGGAGUCAACUGGCAGGAGCUGCCUAUCAACAAGCCUGUUUGUCCGGUCAUGAAUUUCAACCGUGACGGAGCUAUGCGUCACACCAUCACCAAGGGUAAGGUCAACUACUGGCCGAACCGUUACGAGACUGUACCUCCUGCCGCGGAGGAGGAGGGUGCUUAUAUCGAUUACCCUGCCAAGGUUGCCGGCAUGAAGCAGCGUCUGCACAGCAGGAAGUUCAAGGAGCACAAGAACCAGGCUGAACUAUUCUACAACUCUAUGUCUCAAGUCGAGAAGGAGCACAUGAAGGCUGCUUUCUCCUUUGAGCUUGAUCACUGUGACGACCCCGUAGUCUACAAGCGCAUGGUUGAGCGCAUCGUUGAGAUCGAUCUCGAGCUUGCUCAGGGUGUAGCUGAGAUGGUUGGUGCCGAUAUUCCGCAGGAAGCUACUCGCCAGAAGCACAAUAAGAAAGCCAAGGGCCUAUCGCAGAUGGACUACCUCCCGGCUACGCCAACCAUCGCUACUCGCAUGGUAGCUAUUCUGAUCGCAGAUGGCUACGACAAGGUUGCAUACAACGGCAUCAAGGCUGCAUUGACUGCUCAGGGUGCCUUACCUUUCACCAUCAGCCCGAAGAGGAACAAGAUCUACGCUGAUGGCGAGGACAAGAGCGGUGACGGUGUCAUUGCCGACCACCAUCUCGAGGGUCAGCGUUCGACUAUGUACGAUAGUGUCUUCAUCCCUGGUGGUGAGAAGUCUGUCGUGACCCUCAGCAAGAGUGGUCGUGCGAUUCACUGGGUCCGGGAGGCCUUCGGUCACCUGAAAGCCAUCGGCGCCACUGGCGAGGCUGUUGCCUUCAUCAAGCAGUGCGUUGAGCUUCCUGGAAUGCAGUUCUCGACAAGUACCGAUGUCCAGAACAGCUACGGUGUUGUCACAGCUGCCAAGGUCUCACCUGACGGCUUCAAGGAGGCUGUUCAGAUGGCUAAGGAGGCUGCUGACUUUGUUGGUCAGUACACCUACGCUAUCUCUUGUCAUAAGAACUUCGAACGUGAGCUUGAUGGCUUGAGCGUUAUGGUUGCGUACUAG